AUGGCCCAGCCGCGCUGCCGCUCCGUGCUCAUCACCGGCUGCAGCCGGGGCAUCGGGCUGGGGCUGGUGCGGGGGCUCGCAGCCGCCAGCCCCUCCCCGGAUUUCGUCUUUGCGACCUGCCGAUACCCGGAGAAGGCGCAGGAACUCCAGCAGCUUAGCAAGCAAUACAGCAAUAUCAAGCUCCUCCAGCUGGAUGUGGUCUGUGAAAACAGCAUCAAGAAAGUAGUCAAGGAAGUGGAAGAAAUUGUGGGAGACAAAGGUCUGAACUGCCUCAUUAACAAUGCUGGCAUCAAUGUGCUUGCUUCCCUGGAAGAAGUCACAGCAGAGACAAUGCUCACCAUUUAUGAAACCAAUACAGUUGCCCAGCUGAUGGUCACCAAGGCAUUUCUACCCCUUCUGAGGAAGGCAGCCCAGCUGAGCACAGGAAUGGGCUGCCACAGAGCUGCUAUUAUCAAUAUGUCCUCUCUUGCUGCCUCCAUGCAACUCGUCCAGGCAAAUGAGAUGUUCCUGAAGGUCUACCCCUACAGGAUAGCAAAGACUGCACUGAACAUGAUCACCAGGUGUCUUGCUGCAGACUUGAAAUCGGAUGGAAUUCUCUGUAUUUCUUUGCACCCAGGCUGGCUUCAGACAGACAUGGGCGGAAACAUGGCUCCCAUGCAGGUGCAAGAGGCUAUCCCAGGUAUUCUCUCCGUUCUGGACCGUCUUGGUGAAAAAGAAAAUGGUUCCUUCCUGGACUGGCAAGGGGAAACUCUACCGUGGUAGAAGUGCACAGUAUACUACAGAAACAGCAUGACAGUCACUAUUUAACUUGUGCCACUAAUGUCUGUGUCUCUAGGGUGUUCUUAUAUGCUAGUUGAAAUAGCCAGUCUGAUAUCCAGCCUCUCUCUAGGUGUCUUUGGAAAGUGAGGUGGCUGACUCCUACUUGGUAUUGCUACUGCUCUGUUCUAAUGCUUCCUGCAAAUACUACUGUGUUCUUAGUGAUGGAUAUCUCCUGGAACCAUCUAAAAUAGAUUAAAAACUGCAAGUUAAACCCAGGGGCUGGUUCCUCUUCACUUCCAAAACUAAAGUGGGCCUCUCGCUCUCUGCAGAAGUAAAUGACCUGACUUCAGAGUAAGGCCAGUGUAGGCUGUCAGAUUCCAGUAUAUUCAGUCUGCUGGACACAUGUCUCUGGAAAAGGUCCUUUGGUUUCCUUCAGUCCUAACUGAGCCAAGGCUGAAAUUGCCCAGCUCUAAACUAUGUGAAUUUGGUACUUCUGUAAAUUCCCCAGCAACCUGAGUGUCCCCAGGUUGACAGCACACACCAGGCACUUGCUUUGUUCCCAGUGGGUGAUCAACAUCCUGAUAUGGGGGCGGGAAUGUUGUUUUGUACAUAAACUUCUAAACUGUCUCCAAUAAAGUCUUGUUCA